GGAAACCUUGCACACGCCACAUUGGACUUGAAUGGUUGCAGAAAGUGUAUAUUUGGCUUGAUCCCCUCGCGCCUCGGUCUCGGGAGGGUUGCAGACCCUUUGCUUCCUCGUCAUAAUCCUCACGCUCGCUGCAUCUGUCACCACUUACCUGAAUCACCUGAUACCGACGCAUCGCCUAGCCUCAAACUUCCAAUAUCAUCAGCUCUAACUUAUAUCCACUGGAAUACUAUAUCAGUUAGUCAAAGGCCCCCCGACCACUGCAAUGGCGGGCCCACCUCCGAUUGUGAUCCAGUUUUCCGGGUGGUUUUUACUCGCCAUCGCCGCCGCCGUCAUCAUUGCGCGUCUGUACCUCCGCCUCAAGAUACAAAAGAGGAAGUUAAUCACAAGCGAUAUUUUCAUGUGCAGCGCGUGGGUUUCCGGUGCCUCAGUCGCGUCUUUAAAUGUGUACCUCGAGCAUCUGGGCGUUCUUGAACCGGAUUUAAAGACGGAUAUGAUUGCGUUCAAGGGUGAUCCAAAAUCCAUUCCCAGGAUAUUCAAGACAUUCUGGAUGUCAAAUGUCCCCUUCUCUACGACUCUUUACCUCUCGCAGGCGACACUUCUUUCCAUGUAUUUGAAAAUGUUCCCGGAAUUCAUGCUAAAACGGAGAAUUUUCUUAUGGGCAACGAUUGUGUAUGUUGCCGCCGCCUAUAUAACUAGUAUGUCGCUUGUGCUCUUUAUAUGCAACCCGAUUGAUCAGAUCUGGAAACCCACUCCGGGAUCAAAUUGCUCAAUUGGUCGUGGUAACCUCGUCUUCGUGGUAAAUUGGGCGAUUCAUAUUGUUGCAGAUAUCUUGGUUUUUUUCCUGCCAUGGCUUGUCAUAACGGGCUUAAAGAUGAGGUGGACCCUCAAGAUCGGGUUAUACUGCACGUUCCUCCUCGGUAUUAUAAAUAUCAUAUUCGAUACAUUCCGCUUUGUCUUAAUCCGAACGUCGUAUGUAGGGCAACCGAUCUCUACCGGCUUAAUUACACUGUGGAGCACUCUCGACUGCAACAUCGGUAUCGUCAUUGCAUGUUUGCCGGCUUUGCGACCAUACUUUAGUGCGUCAGAGUCCAGUCAAGACAACUCGGAAAGAGACUCGACUAGGCAAUUCCAAACUCCAUUGAAAGCCAUGCAUACCGGCACCACAGCUCUUUUCAACAGAAAUGGGCGAGAUGAACACUGGGACGAUACCGGGAAGAGUAACGGAAGUGAUGCCCAUUUGGUUCAGGGGGAACCACGAGAAUUGAUAUAGAGGUGCAACUACAAUGAAAUUUUUGGAUUUUACAAAUAUUAAUAAAUUAUACAUGAGCAG